CUAAAACCUGCACCGCGACCGGUUUUGGGUUACUAGUGGUUGUGUUCUGAUGCAGUGGAGGGUUGAUCGUUCAGCUGACCAGCCCGUGAACCUUGUCUGACCUUGCGCUACAUGCACAGUGCAUCGCGAAUCCUCUUACCUCCAGCCCAAAGCAGACGCAGACGAAAGCAGCACGAUGGAGAUGGACUUCUUGAAGGAUUUCUCCGACAAAUGGCAACUUAACAAGAAGACCGUGAAAAGUCUCGAAGGCAACAACAUCGUCCUGGAAGAGGAUUUUCUGGAUUUGUCCGAUUCGGACAUAGAAAAUCUUGGUUUGACCAUCGGCCAGAAGAAUGCGCUAAAGAGGGGCAUAUCUAUCGUGAGGAUGUCAACCACGAUGACGCAAGAAUGUGGAGAGGACAUAGCGCAGCGUGAGUCCCGUGUUCAAGAUCUGUCCAACAGUCUCGCCAACAUGUCCUUCUACUCCUGCAUGGCCGAGGACCAGACCGACUCAAAACUAAUGGAAAUGGGUUUUAUCAAGAACACCCUCUACCUGGGGCUUCGGUACGUGUUCCUCUUCCUGCUGUUGGGCUACCACACACUGGCCAAACUGUGGAACACCCUAUUGGCUCCCUUUGAACCAAUCAAAGUUGAGGCCAGGAAGGUCGCACCCCAAGACGUGUCAUUUCAAGGCAUUGUGGGUACCCUGAAAAGGCUGGUUUUCCUGGCAGUGCUGGUGUGGGCGCACUUGGUCCAGUCCUUCUUGGACAGGGUGAUGCAGCCAGUGCACAACAUUGCGGAGAACAUGUCUGACUUCGUGGAGAGAUACGACCCUCACACAACUUCCAGAAUGGUAAAAGUGGAGUGAACUCCGCAGGACUGCUACAAUUUGUACAGAGACCAUGAUUUUUGUGAUACAUCCAGACAUGUAAAUGUGACUUUGAACAAUGUUUUGUGAAAUGUUUGACUGUGUUGUCAUGAUUACAUAAUCCUGAAACUGGCCAAAUUACUGUGUGCCCAUUGUCUGUUUACUGUGCACAUGGUAAGAAGCUCAAGUUUGUUACAGAAUGCAGACAAUGUUGUAUUUGUUGAAUUUGAUGAGUGUUGUUUUACACUGUUUCAAUGGACUUCAAGUUCUAUGUAAACAUUAAAUUAUGUUUUACUUAAA